GAGAGAGAGAGAGAGAGACUGUUGUGCUCCAACUUGGCUGUCUUCUUAUUCUUCUUCCUCUGUGUGCUGUGUUGAAGGUUUCAAUUUCCGUAUGGAUCAAAUUCACUAGGCCGACUAUAAAUAACCGCCAAGGAUUUGGACGCUGGCGCCGACCGCGAGGUCACAAUCAGGGGUUUGGAGAAAUUAGGGUUUCGGAUAGAGGUAGGAGUGGUUGGGAGAUAGGGUUUCAGCUAGGGUUUGUGUUUAUUAGUUUUGGAUUGAAUAGGUUUAGAGGUUUGGUGUGGGGGAAUAUGAGUGGAGGUGUUUAGGGUGGGUUUUCUUAGGGUUUUUCGGAUGGGGAGCACCGGUGAGCAUGACCGGAAACGCCGUCACUUUAGCUCCAUAUCGUCGCCCACGGCGGCUGCUGCUACUGCUAAGAAGCAGCCGUUUUUGCCUAUUUCUGAGGAUAAGAAGCUUGACAUUACCGUCCUUCAAUAUCAAAAUCAAAAGCUACUACAGAAAUUAGAGACUCAGAAGGUUGAGUACUUGGCUCUUGAGAAUGAAUUGGCUCAAUUGAAGAAGAAACAACUGCCCUAUGAUCCCACACUAACAGUGGUCAACAAGUCUUGGAAACAGUUGGUUAAAGACAUGGAAUCCUGUUCUAUCCAGCCAACAAAGUCAACCUGCCAGGAAGAUGUUAAAAACAACUUUGUCAGGCGUGAUGGGGCUCCGUCUACCUUGCAUGAUGCUUUCUUAAACCGCCUUGCACAAGCUGGUGCAACUGAAAGUUCAUGUACAUUCAACAUGUGUAAUAAGAUGGAAGAAGAUAGUGGAACUGCCUCUGAAAAUACUCGAAAUAUUUUAGGUAAUGUAGUAGCUGCAAUUGACAACGUGUGGAAUGUGAAAGAUGCAUUGCGUGAUGCACUGUUGAAAGAGCUUCCUGAAGAUGGCUUGUCUAGGCAGAGGGCAUCCAAUGAUUUAAAAAUGGAAGUUAAGAACUUGAGAUUGGUAUUUUGUGAUAGCCUUCUGAAGCACAGGGGUCUAGCAAGGGAACUGCAAAACCGCUGGGACAUCGAAGCAAAGAACAAAGCAGAGAUUAAACGUUUGAAAGGGGAGUUGGAAACUACUCUUGGUGAAUUAGGAGAGAAUAAUCGUCAACUAGCAACCCUAAAAGCAAAGAGAGAUUCUACAAACGGAGCAACUUUCCCCAUCUUAAAUUUUCUGAACAAGCCUGUUGAUAAGGCCAUAGAUAAACAAAAGGAUCUGCAGGAUAUGGAGUCUACUCUCAAAGAGCUCACGGACCAAGCUUCGUGUCGACUAAUGGAAAUCAAGGGUCUUCAUGAAGAACGUAUAAAAAUAUUAAAGGAGUUAUCUAGUUUGCAGAGCAUGAUAAGGAGUGUUAAGUGUAUAUCCUCUUCCAAAGCCUAUCUCUUGGUCAAAGAUCAAAUAGAAAUGGCGAAAUCAGAAGUUUUUGAGUGCCAAACUAUCAUUGAGAAACUACAGGUAGAGAAGGAUAAUCUUGUGUGGAGAGAGAGGGAACUAAAUGUUAAAAAUGAUGUAGCUGAUGUUUUGCGGAGAUCAGCUACAGUUAUUGAUUCUAGAAUUACUGAUCUGGGUAUAGAGAUCCAGAAACAAAUUGAUGAGCGGAAAAAGAUUGAAUUGAGGCUUGAAGAGGCGUCAAGGGAACCAGGAAGAAAAGAAGUACUUGAAGAAUUUAAAGCCUUGGUUUCUUCGUUUCCUGAGCAAAUGGGUACCAUGCAAGGUCAAUUACGUAAAUACAAGGAGGCUGCGUCCGAUUUUCAUUAUUUGCAGGCUGAUGUGCAGUCCCUUUCCAGCAUUCUUGACAGGAAGGUGAAAGAAUGUGAAACUUUUUCAGCAAGAUCUUCUGACCAACUUGCUGAGAUACAGCAGUUGAAAGCUGUGGUCCAAGAUUUAAAGGAUACAGACUCGGAGUUAAAGCUGUUUUUGGCAAUGUAUAAACAUGAAUUGAGUGAUCCAAGGGAUGUCAUGGAAGCUAGGGAUUUGGAAUGCAAGGCAUGGGCUCAUGUUGAAAGUUUGAAGUCAUCCCUUGAUGAACACAAUUUAGAAUUACGUGUUAAGAAAGCAAAUGAAGCUGAGGCCACUUCUCAACAGAGGCUUGCUGCUGUAGAAGCUGAGAUUGCUGACCUCAGACAGAAGCUUGAAGCUUCCAAAAGGAAUAAGUUGAGACUUGCCGAUGUUCUGAAAUCUAAGACUGAAGAGAAUGAGGCCUACUUGGCUGAAAUUGAGACAAUUGGGCAAGCAUAUGAUGAUAUGCAAACUCAAAACCAGCAUCUACUGCAGCAAAUUACUGAGCGAGAUGACUAUAACAUUAAGCUUGUUUUAGAGGGCAUGAGGGCAAGACAGACACACAAUGCUAUACUCAUGGACAAACAUAAGAUGGAGUGGGAGAUUCAACAAGGCAAUGCAUCUGUUAAUUUCUAUGAUAUGAAAGCUGCUCGGAUCGAAGAUCAGUUAAAAAUAUGCUCAGAUCAACUUCAGAGACUGGCAGAUCAUAAGUUUCAAGGUGCAGUACAACUGGAGAAUACCCAGAAGAGGUUGAUGGAUGUGAGAAGGUCAUCACAGCAAGCUCGGGAUUCUCUAGAGGAAUCACAGUCUAACGUUGUCAAGGGUCGAUUGACUCUGUCCCAGUUGCAGUUAGAUCUAGAGAGAGAAAGGGUUAAUAAGAAAAGAUUAGAGGAGGACAUAGAAGUUCUGAAAAGAAAAGCUGGCCGGCUUCAAGCACAGACAGAAGGUUCGUCCAUUGUUGAAAAACUUCAACAGGAACUUGGAGAAUUUCGAGAGAUAUUGAAGUGUGAUAUCUGCCUUGAUAGGACAAAACAGGUUGUCAUUACAAAAUGCUAUCACUUGUUCUGCAAUCCCUGUGUGCAAAAAGUAGUUGAGUCUCGCCAGAGGAAAUGUCCAAAGUGUUCCAUUAGUUUUGGACCUAAUGACAUAAAAUCUGUGUACAUCUAAUCAAAGUGGAGACGUGGAAACGGAUGGAACUUUUGGGAGGCCUGCUUCUUGCAUGUGAACCACUAGGAAUCCUCGCCAGUUCUCACCUAUAAUGUUAUAUUAGUGGAAUUGUAGUGAACAUUUGCAGCCUUGGUUAGGUGCACCUUCCCUUCACCAAUGAGUGCUGAUCUUAGUUUUGCUGGUUUUUCUUUUAGGUUGUUAAUUUGACUAGUGCAUUAUAAUGUUUAAAUCCAUUUGCAGGCUCAUCAAAUGUUGAUCAAUUUAGGUGGUAUUUCUAGUCAUUAGUCAAUGCCGCAUGUGUGCCCAAGAAUAAGAAUUCAUGUUUAUAAGUGCCUUUUUUGAAAGAAUCUGUAGGCUUGUGGCAUCCUAUUCGAGGGUUUGUUUCUGCCGAAGAUAGAACAAAGAUGACGCAGUGACAGGAUUUUUCCGUACAUAUUUUAGAUGGGUAGUAAAAUCUUCUAGUAGCCUUUAGGUUCCUUUAGAAUUCUGAAAGCAGGUUGUUAGUAUCUGGUGUAUUAGUGUACAACAUUUCUUAGAGAUGUAUAUGCAAAUGUUAUUGAGAUAUUCAUUUAUAAUAAC